AUGUCCGAUACAUAUACUGGUUUCGACGAGUGUGGAUGCAGUUUGGAGGAGCAAUCGCUACGUCGGCAUUUCAACCCCAUCAGAUUCAUCCGCGGCUCGCGAGCGGGAGGCGUAUGGUCAAUCAGCACCGACUUUAUUUUUAAAGGGCACCCCCAAUUCGAAGAAUAUCUGAGGAACGAAAUCCGAGCGCUGAAGCUACUUGCAGCUCAUCCCCAUAUCCCAGCGCCGAAGGCUGUUUAUGACUGGGUCGAUCAAAACGGGAAUUAUUUCGCGCUGCAGACACGGAUGGACGGUGAGACACUCGAGAGUGCCUGGCCAUCAUUAUCAAAUGACCAGAAGGCCACUAUCGCAGACCAGGUGGCUGACGUGUGCAAGCAACUACAGUCCAUCACAUCGCCAAGUAUACAAGGCAUUAAUGGAGGAGCCUGCCGUUUAGACAUGGUGUUUGAUGAUGGUAAUCUCCAUGGGCCUUUCCACUCUGACUCUGAGUUUCGAGAUGCCAUCAGUCGUGAGCUAUCGUUUCCAGCGUUCUCAAAUAAAACGGAUAGAUUUAUGCAGCGCUUCCCCGAAUGCGGCCCUUAUGUUCUCACACACGGUGACCUUAAUAUUUCCAAUAUCAUGGUCAAAGAUGGGCAGCUGAUGGGGAUAAUUGACUGGGAAUUUGCGGCGUAUUAUCCCAUAUGGUAUGAGUAUCUCGGAAUUGCCUGUGAUUCUAUUGGCAAGGACGCUGAAUGGAGAGAGUUGUUGCGACAACGUCUUGAUAGCCAUGAAGAUGCCAAAAAAUUCUGGAAGGACCUGCGCACGUUGCAAUGGUAUGAUCGCUUGGAGAACUAA